CAGAGACUCCCUGCCCCUCGCCGCCUCCGCCGCCGCCGCUGCUGCACUGACGGCGGUUACCCGCGCUUCAGUGUCGUCAGUUCAUUCUUGAGAUUCCCCUAUUCUCAUCUGUCCUCAUGGAUGAACUUCAGGAUGUUCAACUCACAGAGAUCAAACCACUUCUAAAUGAUAAGAAUGGUACACGAAACUUCCAGGACUUUGACUGUCAGGAACAUGACAUUGAAACAACUCAUGGUAUGGUCCAUGUUACUAUAAGAGGCAUACUAAAAGGAAAUAGACCCGUUAUUCUGACAUAUCACGACAUUGGUCUCAACCAUAAAUCCUGUUUCAAUGCAUUCUUUAACUUUGAGGAUAUGCAAGAGAUCACCCAGCACUUUGCUGUCUGUCAUAUAGAUGCCCCUGGCCAGCAGGAAGGUGCACCUCCGUUCCCGACAGGGUACCAGUACCCCACAAUGGAUGCGCUGUCCGAAAUGCUACCUGCUGUUCUUACCCACUUAAAUGUGAAAGGCAUCAUUGGAAUUGGAGUUGGAGCUGGGGCUUAUGUCCUCACCAGAUUUGCCCUCAGUCAUCCGGAGUUUGUGGAAGGCCUUGUGCUCAUUAACAUUGACCCUUGUGCCAAAGGGUGGAUUGACUGGGCAGCUUCCAAACUCUCUGGCCUGACAACCAAUGUCGUGGACAUUAUUUUGGCUCAUCAUUUUGGUCAGGAAGAAUUGCAAGCCAACCUGGACCUGAUACAAACCUACAGACUGCAUAUUGCCCAAGAUAUCAACCAAGAAAACCUACAACUCUUCUUGAAUUCUUAUAAUGGACGGAAAGAACUGGAGCUUGAAAGACCCAUGCUAGGCCAAAAUGAUAACAGAGGAAAAACUUUAAAAUGUGCCACAUUAUUGGUAGUUGGGGACAGUUCACCUGCAGUUGAAGCUGUGGUUGAAUGCAACUCUCGCCUGGACCCUGUAAACACAACUUUGCUAAAGAUGGCAGAUUGUGGGGGACUGCCCCAAGUGGUUCAGCCUGGGAAGCUCACCGAGGCCUUCAAGUACUUUUUGCAGGGAAUGGGCUACAUCCCGUAUGUGCAGCUCAGUCACCUGAGCACCGAGUCAGUACCAGCUGCCAGCAUGACCCGGCUCAUCCGAUCACGAACCCACUCAACCUCAAGUAGCAUGAGCUCUGCAGAAAGUCCCUUCAGUCGGUCUGUCACCAGCAAUCAGUCAGAUGGAACUCAAGAAGCUCCUGAGACCCCUGAUGCCAUGGACAGACCCCAGACCAUGGAGGUGUCCUGCUAAGCAGAUGCCCCUCCCCUGGAUCAUGCAGGUCCAACCUUCUUCAAUCCACUACUCCACAAUACAUUUCUUCCAGAAAACUGGCAUCUGCUAUCUUUAACUCAUGCAUGGCCACUGAAUCUCUCUCUGGCACCUGCCCACAUUUUUGUAUGUACCAAGAACCACUUCCUUGCUAUUACUAUAACAUUCCUACAUUUAGCUGAUCAGAUCUCCAUAUCUUCUGUCAACUUUUUCCUGUGCUCUCCCCACUAUGUAUCUGAUAAGAUCUUUGAUUCCCAACUCUGUGUGCGAGCACGCAUGUCCAUUUUGUGUGUGCAUAGUUCUGUGAUUUUAGACAUGCUUUCUUGUAGAGCUUCUGCAAAAAUGGGGUGGGGGACUUUUUUUUUUUUUUUCCCCUGCAUUUUCAAUAGUGUUUUUAGGGGAAUGUACAGAACUGAUUUCUAGGUUGGGUAGGCUCUGCGUUCUCUUUUGUUUCCAAAUUGGUCAGCAAGAGUUGCAAGUGACUUCUGGAGAGAGCAACACUGGAGAUUGUGAAAAGUCAUAAUUGCUGUUUGGACCUCUGGUUGAUUGUGACAAAUAGAAGGGUGCCUGUUAUACAGAAAGGCAAGCAGGGUGGCAAGCACCUCCUUCUGUCUAAAUAAACUCAUAUACUAUUCUGUAAAUAAAAAGGAGGGGUAGAUACAUUCUGCUAGAGGCUCAUGAAUAAUGAGGCUUUAAUACAAUAUGGAGUUUUCCCCAGAGAGUGAGUGUGACCUAAUUACUAGACUCUUAAAACAGAAAGGUAGAAAACAAAAUGCCAGGCCUCUACUUUGCAAGGGUAAAAUUGCUGUCACUGCAAGUCUGAUACCACUUACCAAACAAACAUCUGUAAGAAAUGCAACCCAGGUCUUGAUGGAGAGCUAUUCCAUUCCUCAGUCCCAAAAAAGGAGAGAGGUAAUGACCUAAAAAGUAUAUAGUUGGUAAGAAAAUGGGUGGGAGAGGAGAACAGGCAUUAACAUAUAUCAUAUUUAAUAAAUGUAGCCUUGAUUUCAACAGACUUAAUGGAAGCUAAAUUAAGUCAAUAUUGAACCCAUUUCAGGAAAAUUCUUAAUCUUGUGACCUUUUUGUGGGAGGGAAGGAACCAGUCUGAAAGGACAGCCCUAUCCAUAUAAAACUGUUUUCAGCCUCCUCUCUAUUGUGUGAGGGGUCACAGCCAGCCAGAGGUUAUCAGUGGGAGGAGGGUGAAGGAGCCGUGAAGACCAGCUGACAGCCUGCAAGGGCCCAGCUCAGGACUCACAGUUCUGAAUUUGGGAAAGGGGCUUUUCCGACAUGGUCUGCUUUCUGCUGAGAUAGGCAGUAUGUCACUCUGCCAUAGUAUGACUUUUUACAGAUAAUUAAAUAAAGCUGUAUAUGUCUCAUUGUUA